ACACACACACACACACACACACACACACACUCACACGCUCAUUGGCAGACAGGGCCACACCUCGCGGCACUGGGGAAGGCCACAGACCGCAGCUGUACGAGCGGAGCCUGGACUAGAGGAACUUUCCGCAGGACUCAGGGCACACAGCCCCCACGGCCACUACUGUCUGCGAGCCCGAGGCGCAGGGGAGCGCCAGCGGCUGCAGGUACGCUGCGCACCCGCAUUAGGGCCUGGGCGGUGCAGCGGCGACGGGAGGGUCCUGGGAACCGCAGCCGCCGAGGCCAGUGUGUGAGCCGGCCUGCCCCGGCAAGCCGCAUCCCCCGGCCGCCCCUCGCAGGCUCCUUGCUCCCUGGCAGCCGCCGCCGCCCUCAGGCAGCCUAGCCGGGCGCUCGCGGCAGGACAUCCCCGCCGCCCGCCUCGGCCAGGAACAUGGCUGCGCGCCCUGCCGCCACCCUCGCCUGGUCGCUACUGCUCCUCUCCUCAGCGCUGCUCCGCGAAGGCUGCCGAGCGCGCUUCGCCGCCGAGCCGGACUCGGAGGACGACAGAGAGGAGCCGGUGGUUUUCCCGGAGUCGCCCCUGCAGAGCCCCACGGUGCUCGUGGCGGUCCUCGCCCGCAACGCGGCGCACACGCUGCCGCACUUCCUCGGCUGCCUGGAGCGGCUGGACUACCCCAAAAGCAGGAUGGCCAUCUGGGCAGCCACUGAUCACAAUGUGGAUAAUACAACAGAAAUACUCAGGGAGUGGUUGAAAAAUGUACAGAGACUCUAUCACUAUGUGGAGUGGAGGCCUAUGGAUGAACCAGAGUCUUACCCUGAUGAAAUUGGACCAAAGCACUGGCCAACCUCCCGGUUUGCCCAUGUGAUGAAACUACGACAGGCAGCCCUUCGAACUGCGAGGGAAAAAUGGUCAGACUACAUUCUGUUCAUAGAUGUUGACAAUUUCCUGACUAAUCCACAGACCCUCAAUCUACUGAUUGCAGAAAACAAAACUAUUGUGGCCCCCAUGCUGGAGUCUCGGGGCCUGUAUUCUAAUUUCUGGUGCGGAAUCACCCCUAAGGGCUUCUAUAAGAGGACCCCAGACUAUGUUCAGAUUCGAGAAUGGAAGAGGACAGGCUGCUUCCCCGUCCCCAUGGUCCACUCCACCUUCCUAAUUGACCUCAGGAAGGAGGCCUCGGACAAGCUGACUUUCUACCCCCUACACCAGGACUACACCUGGACCUUUGAUGACAUCAUUGUCUUUGCCUUCUCCAGCAGGCAAGCAGGCAUCCAGAUGUACCUCUGCAACAGAGAGCACUAUGGCUACCUGCCCAUCCCCCUGAAGCCCCAUCAGACACUGCAGGAAGACAUCGAGAACCUCAUCCAUGUGCAGAUUGAAGCAAUGAUUGACCGUCCUCCAAUGGAACCCUCCCAGUAUGUCUCAGUUGUCCCUAAAUAUCCAGACAAGAUGGGAUUUGAUGAGAUUUUCAUGAUAAACCUCAAACGCAGAAAGGACAGGCGGGACCGGAUGCUGCGCACACUGUAUGAACAGGAGAUUGAGGUCAAGAUUGUUGAGGCUGUGGAUGGAAAGGCACUCAACACAAGCCAGCUGAAGGCACUGAAUAUUGAAAUGCUGCCUGGCUAUCGAGAUCCCUAUUCCUCCAGGCCUCUAACGAGAGGUGAAAUCGGCUGCUUUCUCAGCCACUACUCAGUCUGGAAAGAGGUAAUUGAUCGACAGCUAGAGAAGACUCUUGUAAUUGAAGACGAUGUGCGUUUUGAGCAUCAGUUUAAGAAGAAGUUGAUGAAGCUGAUGGAUGACAUUGACCAGGCUCAGCUGGACUGGGAACUGAUUUAUAUUGGUAGGAAGAGGAUGCAAGUAAAGGAGCCAGAGAAAGCAGUGCCCAAUGUGGCAAACCUAGUCGAAGCCGACUAUUCCUACUGGACCCUGGGCUACGUCAUCUCUCUGGAAGGAGCACAGAAGCUGGUUGGAGCCAAUCCUUUUGGGAAGAUGCUGCCAGUGGAUGAGUUUCUGCCAAUCAUGUACAACAAGCAUCCUGUAGCCGAGUACAAGCAGUAUUAUGAAUCCAGGGACCUGAAAGCCUUCUCUGCAGAACCCUUACUCAUCUACCCUACGCACUACACAGGCCAGCCGGGGUACCUGAGUGACACGGAGACCUCCACCAUCUGGGACAAUGAGACAGUGGCCACCGACUGGGAUAGGACACAUGCCUGGAAGUCCCGGAAGCAAAGUCGCAUCUACAGCAAUGCCAAGAACACAGAGGCCCUGCCACCGCCAACCUCCCUGGACACUGUGCCUUCAAGGGAUGAGCUAUGAAGGCUCCCUGGGAGUGUGACCCACAUCAGUUCAACAUCCUCUGGUUUUUCUAAAGGGCUAUUCAUCCGUUUGCUCCCAGUUUUCUGUUUUGUUUUGUUUUUAGUGGUCACAGUCAUCUAACCAAAGUGAUCUAAUGUGAUAGAUCGAAAUUAACAUAUUUUUGACUAUGGAAGGAAAUAAGGAAAUUCAACCCACAUUUCCCAAGAUGGCUAAAAGACAGGUUUUCUGGAAACUGUUAAGAUAAACCGUAAUCCAGUCACCUAAUUCUUCAGUUCACGACCCAUGUGAUACUGAUUCCCACAUUAAGGUUGAACAACAUGGCUCAGAGUCUUGUUCAAGAGAAAGUGAUCACCAAGCUGUCCCACCAGCAAAUAGGUAGUCAAGGCAGCCAGGCCAACUAGACCACAUUUAUUGGUCUAGUUGGUCCAUUUUAUGUGACAGACGUGACUUGAAAAGUCCAAACCAACUGGACAACCUUCAUUGGUCUAGUUUGUCCGUUUUAUAUGACAUUGAAAACUUGUGUAUGCAAUGUUUGGGGGACAGGACUCAAUCAUUUAAAAUCAUAUUUAUUUGGCUUUUUAUUUAAAGGAUUCUGUCACAAGUCUUACUGAAAAGUAGAUUUUUUAAAAAAAAUCUUAGUCCCUGUUAUCCAGUAGGGAUGGGUAUUUGGGUCUGGCUGAGACUUGGCCUGUGACCAUCAUGGCAGUUGGAGCUCUCAUAUAGAGGUGACUAGUUUGCCAUGUGGAUAUAAUUUAGUAGAUAUUUGACAGUUUGUGUAGGUAUUUGAGGGAAAAAACUCAACGUUUGGCUUUUUUAUUAUGGCCACUUGAGUCGGGAUGCUCUAUUUAUAAAGAUAAAUGUAAUAUAUAAAGGGUGAGGACUGGCUGUGUAUCCUGCCCUGUCCCGGGUUUGCACGCUGCUACAGAGCUUCACGCUCUCUGCUCCACCCCUUAGCCUGGGAACCCAUGGCAGGUGUGAGUUCUGUGAGUCACUGCUAAGAGACAGAGCACAUUUUCAGGCCAGCAACUAUCUUUGCCAGGGUUUUUUCAUUAUAGUUUGAAUUAUUUAUUUUACAAAAUGGGUGAAGACAUUAUCUUUAGGAUAAGGCAGAGAAACAGAUGUUGCAGACUUCCGCCGCACCCGGGGCAGUGGUGGGUGUGGACACGUUGGUUCGGCAAUCUGAUUCUCCUGAAUUUCCCAGCCAGGCUCUUGUGGGGAGGCCUGUGGAUGGGGGAUUUGAACUAUUUGGAAACAGAUGAUUCUCUAUCCCAGGUGAGAAACCUGAUCAGAAACAAAGGGCUGGUCAACUGAUUUAGGCGGGCAACCAGGGAAGCUCUUAGAAUCCCGGGCAGACACCCUUUCUCAAAAGGUAUCCCCUAAGAGUCCUUUCGGCUUUCUUCACAGAUUGAUUUUAUGUAAAAUGCAGAGUUGGACUACACGAUUUCUUCCCACUCCACAAUCUGUCAUCCUAGUAUAGAUCAUGGUGGUUUCCCUCAAGUUUAUGUUCUUAUGCCCUCAAUCUGUAAAUUUUUGUCUCCAGAAAAACCCUCCCAGGCAUCCCAUACCAGCACCGUUCCUCGUCAGUGUCCAUGCACCAUGCAGCCAUAUAGGGGGACCAUGCACACCCCAAACCCUGAGCUUCGCACUUAAACUCAUGGGGAGGGCCCUUCAGAGCAGAGUCCACAGGGGAGUGGUGCUACAUACGCAAGCUUAGUGUACGAGUUUAAGAUACACUUUAAGCCAGACACCUUCAGUUCACUCCCCAUGUGAUACUGAUUCCCACAUUAAGGUGGAACAGUAUGGCUCAGAGUCUAGAGAAAGUGAUCACCAAGCUGUCCCAUCAGCAAAUAGGAAGUCAAGGCAGCCAGACAGCCUCACCUCCCCAGGUGAGGGGCGGGUCCCCAGUUUAGGAUGAUAGGCGGCUUGCCUUCCACCAGACGCCAGCCUUGGCCUUCCUUCCCGACUCACUGUGGGUACCCUUCUACACUGACCAGCAAGCUAGGCCAUUAGAGGAAAGGGAACUCACCCAACUCUAAAUUGUGCCACUUAGACUUAGCUGUCAGUGUAACUUCCUUUCCCACCCACCCCUAGGAAAAACAGAAAGAGCAUCUGGGGAGCGAGUGAAAAUUCCUUAGGUGAUUCCUAAGAUUUCCUUGGGUAUCUGGUUUUUGUUUUCAUAUCUGAGUGUGUGCGUGUGUGCAUUUGUGCAUGACUUUGAUGAUUUUUUUAACGGGGUGGGAGGUGGCUGGGGUGCUGGGGUUGAAGGAAGUUUGGGUUGAUUUUUGUGUUUUGUUUAAUAGAGAAGUUUUUUUUUUUUUCCUGCUCCCCUGUCAGCUGGUCUGACAGAUUUAAGAACUCUCAUUCUUAAAAGACAUUGGACUUAAAUUCUAGCAUUUUAGACUAGGACUGUUCUACUGUGAAGAAAGUUCUGUCUCCUUUAGUCUGGUUUGUUUCUCCCUGCUCAGGUCUAGAAUCCCAAGCAGUGUUCUUUUCUGGUGAACAUUAUGAGCUGCAGAUGUGACUUUUUUUUUUUAAGUCAUCUCUUCAGCAAUCCAGAGGUUCCUUGAUCUCAUUAUUUGUCCUAUCUCUCCCUUAUAGUCCUAAGCCAAGACAUUUGACCUUUGCAGUGUCAUGUGAGGCUGUCAGUAUAGAGGUCUUUGCAUCUGGCCCUGGCACCCGCUCUGUGCCUCUGGAGGCUAAACCCUGUCUGGAUUUCUCAUGGGAUCUAACGUUGGAUUUUCUGGACAGACAACCGUGACAUCAGCAGUGCUGGUGCUGCUGUAUGUGGACUGAACACCUGCACUUUGCAGGGUACACGCUGCAUGGGCCCCACUUGUGGUUCACUCAGGCCUGCUGCAGGAGCUCUGGAGAACAAGAAAGAGUGGACAUCCCGCCCCCUGCAUCAUCUGUCUUGUGUGCUAUUUCAGGGUGGGGAAGUGAUAAACUAUUUGCCUUCUGGAGCUCUUUGUGAAAAAUUAAAAAAAAAAAAAACUUAACU